GUGACGCCAUCAGGCAGCGCCGGAGCGGGCCAGGCGAGGCGGCGGCAUGGCGGCGGCGCCGGGGGCGGCGGUGGCGGGAGGGCCGGGGGCAGCGGGGACAGCGGGCGCCGCUCCGCUGGGGCUGCGCGGGUGGCUGCGGAGCGCGUACCGCUUCGCGACCGACCGCAACGACUUCCGCAGGAAUCUGCUGGUCAACCUGGGGCUUUUCGCCGCCGGAGUCUGGGUCGCCAGGAACCUGACGGACAUCGACCUGAUGGCCCCGCAGCCCGGCCCGUAGCGGCGGAAAGCGGCGGAGCCGGCGGGAGGAGCUGGCCCCGCACGCCGGGACCGGCCGUUCGCGCCGCCGUGCGCUCGGGAGCCCGUUCUGCCGGGCAGAGCUGCGGCUCGCGCUCCUGAGCUCCUGCGUGAAGCUACAGCGAGGGGGAAAGACACGGGGGGUGAGAGGGAGAGUCGAUUUUCAGUUUGUUCUACAAGGCACAACGGGAAUGCUCCUCGAGGACGGGAAGCCAGCGUGUGUGGAAUUUGCUUCCAUACCCCCGAGGUGUUUAAUAAAUAGUAACGUAGCAUAACGACAUAA